ACUCAUUAUUCUUCACAUUGCCACUAACUGAUCCACGGUAUGGUAAUGUGAUAGCUACUGCUGCCCAGAAACCGUACUGCCCUGAAACAGACGUGCUCAUUCAAAUCACGGAACAUACAAACAAACAAAUGCCAAUCGACUAGAAUUAGGCGGUCGAGUGGCUGGACCCACAUCCAUUGAAUACUGCCACACACCUGGCACCGUAACGAAAGAAUAAGAAUCGAGCGCAAAGAAAUCAAUUGGCUCAUACUAGCUCGUGAAAAAGAUAUUGGAAAUAUUGGCGGCGUAACUAGCUCGAAACUGUACGCUACCAACUUCUUUUUCAGACUAUCAGCUAGUUGUUAUCUCUUGCUAGCGUUAACUGUGUUUGCUGUCGAUUACUUUCCUGAUCUAAAAUUGCCUCUUUUCACUAGUCCCUGGAACUUCCACGGUUAUCAACCGAAUCGACGAGUACUUUUUGGCUUACAUCAGUAUAUUCAACAAAUAAAUGUUAAAUGGACAAACUUUCGGAAUCAGUUCAGCGUGAUAUCAACAAAUUACAAACCAACUAUCACAAAGCUGUUGAAAAAGAAUUGGGUAACUUAGAUAUUGCUUAUCUUCGCAAAAUACAGGCAAAUUACUUUCAGUGCAGUUUAAAAUGCUGUGAAAAUCCUGAUGCCUCUAUAACUGAAGUACAGCAUUGUGUAGAAAGGUGCGAAAUCCCGUUAAAACAAGCACAUGAACUAAUGCAAUCAGAAGUCUCCUCGUUUCAGUCAAGAUUACAACUGUGCGCUUCUGAGUGCGCCAAUCAAGCGCGGGACAAAUUACCUUCAAAUGCAACUGAGUCACAGCUAAAGAAUGCUCAACGUGAAAUACUGGCGUGUUCUCAAAAGUGCGUGGACAAUCAACUAUCGACAGUACUUCCAGCUCUUAUUACUCGACUAAAAGAACAGUUACAAAAGCUGAAACAAAAUCAAAUUGGAAUCGUAAAUUAAUUUGUGUAAUAUACGUAGUGAAACUACAGUCUUUUUAGAAAAUUGAUUGUAUAGACUAU